UGUAAACAGUGUAACACAAAUGUGAACAUGACUUCAGUAAAAUGCUGUCAAUGACAGAGGACUUCAGACCAAUGAUUUAUAUAUACACAUCAUUGCUUCAAACACGUGAAAAAAAACUAAUAUAACAACAAAUAUGAGGCUUCAUCAGAUACUCCGCAAUGCAGCAAACUUCAGGACGGUCUUUGACUUCGGCGACAGAGAGGUUGCUCACUGGUUCCCCGGACAUAUGGCCAAAGGUUGGUGAGCACUCUCAGCUAACGCAAACGUUAGUUAGCUAGGUAUCUUUAUGUCAGCUAUAUCUAGCUAAACGUGUGUAAUUAUCUUACUAUGUGACAUGACUUAUUAGAGGUCACAAAAUAAAUACAGAAUCCAAGAAAGCAAAAAGCUGGUUGAGAGAAUGCCAAGAGUGUGCAAAGCUGUCAUCAAGGCAAAGGGUUGCUACUUUGAAGAAUCGCAAAUAUUAAAUAUAUUUUGAUUUGAUUAACACCUUUUUGGUUACUACAUGAUUCCAUAUGUGUUAUUUCAUAGUUUUGAUGCAUUCACUAUUAUUCUACAAUGUAGAAAAUAGUUUAAAAAAAAAAAAAACUUUUCACUGGUACUGUAAGGCGCCUCGAAAAGGACACGAGGUGGUAGUAGUGCGGCGGCAGCUGUUUAAGGGGGGUCAGCCGCAUCACUACCAGGUACCAGGGACUAAUCUGAAAUUCUUACUCGGAAUGUAUCCUGCCGAGCGGAAGGAUACCAUAUUCGAGUGAUCCAAUAGCUCACAUAACAGUGGUUACAUACGUAACCUUCGUAAACCAUGAUGCCUGUGUAGCUCUCUUUUCAUAAUACGUGAAGGUUACAGUAACCCAUCCUCCUCUCCUCUGGUCUCUCUUCAGGUCUGAAACAGAUGAAGGCCAGUGUGAAGAAUGUUGACUGCAUCCUAGAAAUCCACGAUGCCAGAAUAUCCUUUAAGGGGCGUCUGCACUUCCUGAUUUGGCAUUGUUUUUCAUCAAUGCUCAUUAAGAAAUGCUAGGGGCCAUGACUGAAGGCAAAGGAGAGUUGUCUUGAGGAUGGGGUGUGAUGUGGGUGUGUCUGUCAUUCAAUCACAACAAAUAGGGCCAGUAGUGAGUACAGCGAGAUAAACUAAGCUAGCUUUGCUAUGGAGAAAACUACGUUUUUAAGUUGAGGACUUCUCCCCUCUCAAAAUGCUCAGCAAAUUCAGUAAUGUGUAAGCUAAAGCCUGCGCUGACCUUGUGUAGGUAGCUAGCAUAGGCAGCUAGCUAGCAUAGCUUGGCGAUAGCUGCAGCUGGCUAUCUUAUCUAGCUGAUAUUUCUCUGUCUAAUCAGUUAUGGCAAGAGCCUGUGUCUGGAAUGUGUUUCAUAAGACACUCGUUCUACAACACCUUGCUACGAAAGUAGCUUGCAACUUAGUUUCAACGUUUCAUCACCUCAUGUAAAAUACAUGUUACCAUGGAAACGGUAUCAACUGCAAUUUGAAUGCCUGGUCUUGAGUCAUCUCAGCUGUCCUACAACACAAUAUUCUAUAACUGGCUAGUUUUGUCUCGUCUCGUCUCUCCUUAUGUCCGCUGUUAGAUUUUUCCCGGGGGACAAAUUUCAGAACUACUAAUAUCCCUACAACAGGUGUAGGCUACAUGUGGACAUUGCACAAACAUCGCCCAGAUUGAGAGUAGAUACAUUUAUUAACUUAAAAUCGAUGAGUGUGUUUGUGUUACAAAGAAAAACAUUUUAUGCUGUAAAUAUAUUGAUGUGCCUAUAAAGACAGUAUGCCUACACUUACCUAGCAAACAUAAAAAAGUUGUGUGUUGUUGUGAGUACAACUUCAACCAGAACUAGAAUGUCAUUCUAGUUGGCUAUUUGGCCAAAUCUAAGGAUUUGGCUGUCUAACCACACACUUACAUGCACAGCUCUCUGGGUGAGGUUCUGUUUUCAAGUCUCCAGUGGGUGAUUAAGUCCCUUCCAUCUAUGUAAUGUAUUACAGGUUAUGUUCAGAUGACAGAAAGGGUGCAUGACACUCCAUCCUGGAUUUGACAGAGUUUGUUAUGGCAGAAUAUCUACAUAAGUUUAGCAAUUGCAAUUGCACUCUUCUCAUACCACUCUGUAGGCUACUGACCAAUUCAAAGCUCCCUCCAGGAGGAAGCUUUGCAUCAGUCAGUAGACUAGAGAGUAAUAUGAGAAGAGUGUAAUUGCAAUUGCUAAACUUAUGUAGAUAUUCUGGAACAGUUCCAUGUAGAAUAAACCAUACUUCACACAAUACUGUAGAAGCAGUAUUCUGCUAAUAUAACAAUGGGCGCCAGUACCCCUUACAAGUCUUCUGAUGUAAACUACUGAGGUCCCGAAAACUUUUCUGCCACAAUAAUGUCCAGUUUCUUUGACACUUGAGACGUACAGUUUAUAACUGUUGCAAUGAACCACAAAAUCCACCUUUUUAACACAUAGGCAGUGGCGGUCGUGCCAUUUAAGAUGAGGGAGGACAAUAUAUUUUUUUAUGAGCAUGUCCUUUUUUCUAUUACAGCAUAUUGGAUGACUGUCAUUCAUAUUACUACAUGAUACUACACAUUUUCCCUAUGCCCAUAAUGAGGUUGCUACAACCUAGCCUACAUCGUUGUCACCAUAUUAUAACAUCAUAAUAUCAUAGUCAACAUAGCUACUAGAACUAACGCUUUAGUAAACCUGCUACAAUCAUGCAGUACAGUGUACAUUCAGCAAUAACUUUAUCAGUUACACCGGCGGGCCCUUGUUGCAAUAAAUUAAUAAAACCAAAAGCUUACCUUGACUUGGAAGAGUUCCAGUGAUGGAUAGCCAUAGCCAGCUAGCUAACAUAGCAUCCCUCUCUGUUUGAGCCGGGUGUUUGAGUAGGCUAAACUAGCUAGCUGCAUUUGCUAGCUAAGAAAGUGAAAGUAAAUAUAUAUAUAGCUAGCUCUCUCUCUUGCUUGUCCUUAAUUUUCAAAGAAAUGAUUUUGUUCCAAAAUGUUCAACUAUUGUUUCUCUCUCUUUGAGUCAACUACUUGUCGUGGAAAUUACCACCAGGUACACCUGAAGUCAAUAUUAAAGGAAUCAUUCAUUAUUAUCAGCAAGCUGGAGAUGUUCCAACAAACUUAAUGAUAGUACACGCUGGUCGGGAGCUCCGCCGGGGCAGUCCCGUUAGUUCUCUAAUAUACUGCUUACACAGACAAGUUAUAUUUGCACGAUUUAGCUUAUUCAUAAUUAAUUCAACAUUAACAUUUGGUUCAUGCAUGUGACCGACCAAUACCUCACGAGGCUUCUUCUCUCCAAGUUGAGACCUUGAAACUGAGAUAUCCCUUUCGGUUCUCAAAACAAUGUUCUGGGCGUACUGCCAAAUUGCUUAUACUGAUAGUGAGGAUUCCUCCCAGGCACGAUCAGUCACUUGCAUGAACCCAGUCGAAUUGGUUAUUAGAAAAGGACAAACACAUUUUUUUUUCUUCACAAUCCCUCUUAUCACUCUGUGAUAAUUAUCGUAACAUUUUAAGAUAAGCAUUAGAUUAUAGCUUCUAUCAAAAUGAGGUUCUAUACUUCUAUUAAAGUAAGCGAAAUCAACACAUAAAACCAGACACUUCAUCCUUUCAAACUCUUCACUCUGGUUUGUACAAUCUAAAAUACACACAAGUGAUCUGUAGACUCCGAUGGUUUCUUACCUAUAAAAUCAUUGCAGUAGAAUGUUUUUACUUAAGACCUUCGCUUCAUACAGUUACACAUAUGCUUCAUUACACAAUUUCAUUCAUGGAUUCUGGCAAUGACAUUUCAGCUGGAGGUUUUGUUGCGAGUGGCAUGUUAAUGACAGAUCGGUAUCUCAAUGCAUUUUUUGUCUAAAUUACUAUACAUUUCACAGUGUGCAGACCUCCACAAUCAACCUGAUACCCCAAAUAAACAAUUUUGGAUAAGCCUAAAUCAAUUACGGGCACGGUUGACCACCCCGCUCCCUCCCGGCACUCAUUCUUCUGGCUUUUCUUCUUCAGAUAGUGUUUCAGUUCGUCCUCCCAAUGGCACAUGUUCGAAGUGGAUGGCCCUUGAAAAUGUCCUGAUUUCAAUAUCUGGGGAAUAAUCUGAUUUUCCCAAGCAUACAAAUCUCUCACCUGAGCCGCCACUGUCCUUUACGGCCCAUUAUGUCUUGUCCGUUUUCCUACCAGUACACCAACAGCAUGUGAGAAGUUUGGAUGGGAUCUCUCUCCAUGCUCACUCCACGUGGACUCAUGUCGUACUCCUGAGAGAACAGGCAUGAGAGAAAAGGCAGUUGAUAGCUUCGACUGGAUGCUGUUCACAGGUUUCUGGCUCGGACACAGGAGGACAUGGCCAUUGUCGCAAUUACUUUGAAUUAUCCCUUCCAUGCAUCUACAUACCAUCUGUGGUCACCUUCACCAUAACCUCGAGAGAAGACAGACCAUAACAACAGUUUAGUUUAGGGCAUUUCUGAUUUCAGGAAAUCCAGACAAACUAUUCACUGUAUGACAAAUUAUUACUUAUACCAAUAUUCUUAAUACAAAUUUCUAAGACCAAUGUCAAUGAGAAUAACAACACACAGUUGAAACUUUUUUUGCAAAUUGGCUUAUACUCCCCUAUCAUCUUUGCGAUCUCACCGCAGAGUUACAGGGUCAGGGAGUUGGAGGGCUAAUCCUUAGGGAGAAAUCCUGACCAUCCAGCAUACCCAAUCUGGUGAGAUUUGUAUUGAAGCAAGACAAAAACAAAACAAACAAAACAACAAUACACACAAAGUACUUAAUAGUAAUAAUAUCUCUUAUCUACAUUUCAAUCAUUUUAUUAUCCACAUUUCAAUCAGUGUAACACGUUCCUUUCCACACAACUCUCACAUCCACAUUCACUUAGUACUAUUCCCAAACACACUCAGUAAUCUCCCUUAUUACUCCAUGUCCGUCUUCAACGAUUCUCUUGUCGUUACUUCCUAUGCACCAUAUGUAUCUUCAACGGAUCUCUUGCCGCUACAUAUAAAAUAACACCUUGUGCUAUUAGCAGUGGCUACAGACCACUUAGACACUUCUAAUAAAUGCCUACAGACAGCUGUCAGCUGGGCAUUCCCAUGGUACCGUUACUUGCCCUCACUCUCUAGUCUUCUCUAUAAGACAAGCUCUAGACUUCUUAAGACUAGUGGUACCUUUUUAUGUUUAGUUUUAUUAUUUUUAUAUAUAUAUAUAUAUAUAUAUAUAUAUUUCAAAAAAUAUAUACAAAUUCAUUUAAAUUGACUUACUGAAAUUCAGUUGCCGUGUCCCUCAAUUGUUCGUGGAUGAUGUGUCUCCUCCUGGGCAGCUCACAGUAAGGGUCUGGUCUGGGCGGGUCCUCGUCGUCUUUUAGUCAGAUGGGAAUUUCCCUCACGCUUCAUAAAAUGCGCCACCGAUUUUCCUCACAGACCCUCACUGGAAAGCUCUGCAGGCAGAAUCAACCAUCCUUUUCGUGACGCCAAAUUGUUGUGGAAAUUACCACAAGGGACACCUGAAGUCAAUCUUAAAUUAAUAAUUCUUUAUUAACAGCAAGCUGGAGAGCUUACUUCAGAUCGGUACUUUAUGUGUGGAAGUAUGACUGUGUCAUCUCCAGCUUGCUGUUAAUAAAAAAUUAUUCAUUUAAGGUUGACUUCAGGUAUCCCUGGUGGUAAUUUCCACGACAAGUUAAUCUUACAUAACCAAAAUUAACAUGCGUAGGUAGAUCUUUAUAAAAAAUAAAAAACAGGACCAAAAUACUUUCCUCCUUUUCUUCAUUCACCCAGCGGGUAAGGUGCCGGGCACCAACCAGGGUUGGAAUUCUCUUCAGGUAUUCAAUGUUAACAUCCCACACAUCAUCCUCUGACGUGCUACAUCAUAUAACACGUUAGCUUGAUGUAUUUAGCUAGCUACAGUAUCAUUCCCCUUUAAUCUAUGGUAUCAUAGAUAGCCUGGCUCGCUAGCAUUAUCAAAUAAGGUUGUAUAACCAAAAGUAGCUACUAGCUAGCUAAUACCAGCUAUCUACUUAGCUAACAUACUCACCAACACCAGUGGUUUGACGGUUGACAGGCAGCAGAAGUGUCCAUGUCAGUUGUAAUCCAUUCCUGGCCAUCUGGCAAUAUUGUUGAAAUGCAUUGGAAGUUUGAACCAACUUUAUGGAAGACCAUUUUCACUCCUAUUUGCCAAGUGAAAUGUGUGUGCGUUGCACCCAUAUGCAGACUUGACAACAAAUGUCCACAUGGCAGCUGGGGAUGGACCACAAUGUGUUGUCUCUGGGCAAUUGGGCAUCAUUGGUAAAAGUGGGCAUGUAAGUAAUCCAUACCCAACCCUCCAGUUAGUCAUGACGAACUCACAUAAGACUGACUUUAUGCCCAAAAUGGUCAAUUUUGACACUAUAAUGAAUGUUUAUGACUCAUAUCGAUGCCACAUAUGCCGUUUAAAACCAGAGAAGUUGGUUCUAAGGGGCAGUUGACCUUUAAUAGGUUAUAUUGUGGCAUGCAUCGCCUGCCCUACCUUGCCCCAUUACCCUCUGAUGCACUCACAUCACCAACCACGGUUGCGGGAUGAGUCGCCUUGCCUGAGACCAGAAUAAUUGCAUUAGCUCCCAAACGAAUUACCUUAGCUCAGUGGGUUAACACAGUCUUGCACAACUUUCUUUAACAGUAGAACAUCCCGUUCUCAGGUAGAAACCCUCUUUUCAAGGAUAGUCUGGACGUCAGACCUCAUCUCCUUGUGCUGAACAAGAUGGACCUGGCUGACCUGUCUGCCAAGCAUGUAGGCUACUGUAGCAGAUCAUUGUUUUGUUUCUGUAAUCUGGAUGCCAGUCUGUUUCUGUUGAUGCAUGACAAUGUCAAAGAAAUUGGAUAACUGACUGGCAUCCAGGCUGGUUGUUUUGUGUUUCUCCAGACAGACCUGUGUGAGUGUAUAUGGCCAAUCAUGCAGUAGUUUAAUCGGAAUGGCCUCUAUAUAAUGACUUGAGACAGAGAGUCCAGUGCAGCGCUGUAUGUAGUCCUGAUCCAGAUCUGAACGUUUUGCUCUCCAGAUGAUUUUGAAACAGCUUGAAAGACAUGGAGUGAAGAACAUCCUGUUCACAGACUGCCUCAGACAGAGAGAUGACAAUGUCAAAAAGGUAAGAGAGACAGAGAGAGAUGGGAAGAACAUAAAAAAGGGAGAGCCUGUGAGAUCCUUAAAGGAAAAAUCCACCCAAAACUACACAUUUCUCAAGGUAGGAAUAUCGCAAAAAUAUGAUUCCAGAGAAGACAAACUCUUGCGUUAUGACAUCGGCCAGUAUUGAAAUCUGACUGUAUAUGAUGGACGUUUUCGCGAUCUAAAAGUUUUAUCGCAAUGCUACGUCAAACCAGACGAGUUUCUGCCUGCUUGAACGGCAAUAGCUCAGAUACACAUGAAAUGACCCCGGGAAUCGAUAGAACAUCGCUCAGAGAUGCACAAAAACAAUAUAACAUUCAAAAUGGGUGAAUCUUUCCUUUUAAGAAAGGGUGACUUUGCAAUGUGGUUAUAACAGUUCCACAGAAGACUGAGUUAGUAACAUUGUGACAGCGCUCUCCUACUCUGUUAAUCUUCCUGUCUGUUGUUGCAGCUGGUUCCCAUGGUCACAGAAUUGAUCGAGAGCCAGCCACGCUUCCACCGAGAGGAGGUGAGUUCACGGCCAAUAACUGAUUGAUGAUUGAUUGAUUGGUUUAGAUUUUGUGUUUAGAAAAAAACGAAUGUGUAGUAUAGGCCUGCGUUCAGUCCUAGACGAUAACAAAUGAGAGUUUUACUACCCUAAAUUCCAGUGCAUUUGGUUGUCAGUUUGAAGUUACGUUGGUGUGUCCAGUCUCCUUUCCAUCCUCCUGGAAUGCCUCCUGGACACCAUCGGACUCUCUGGACCAGACCAGCCCUGAGCUUGUUUUUCAAUUGCAGUGUGCCACAACUAUCCAGUUCAUUCUGUUUACCCUCGGCCUUGUCAUCAGCCGGAAUGAAAUCUCAUUCCACUGCUAUGCUGAUGACACAGCUGUAUCUGAAAACUUCCCCAAGUCCCUCUGCUCAUCUUAACACCUGUCUUGAGGAGAUAAGGGCUUGGAUGAAGCAAAACUUCCUUCAACUCAACAGCAUCAAAACCGAGGCUGUACUUGUUGGCACCCCUCACCAGGUCCAGCACUCACCCGUAACCCACCUCACAGGCAAGAACAUCCCUCUCUCAUCCAAUGUUCCAAUAUGGGCAUUAGGCUUGACUCCUCUCUAACCUUCGACAAUCACAUCAAACAUCUGUGCAAAGCAUCGCUCUAUCACCUCAAGCACAUUGUCAAACUCCGUCCCACCCUUACUCAGUCUGACGCAGAGAGGCUCUUCCAUGCCUUUGUCGCCGCAAGGCUGGACUACUGCAAUGCACUGUGCACUCUUCACGGACACUGUGGUGAAGAAGGCACGACAGCGACUCUUUAACCUCAGGAGGAUGAAGAAAUUUGGCCUGUCCCGAGUGCCCUCACAGUGUUCUACAGGAGCACCAUCGAGAGCAUACAGUCGGCCUGCAUCACAGCUUGGUACGGCAACUCCACUGUCGCUGACCGCAAGGCACUACAGAUAGUGGUACGCUCAGCCGAACGCACCAUUGGGUGCACACUGCCUGCCCUCCAGGACACCUACAAUACCACGGCCUGUUCUCCCAGCUUCCAUCGCUCGGACGUGGGCAGUACAGGAGCAUCAUGGCUAAAACUAAGACUGGCCAAUAGCUUCUACCCCCAGACCAUCAGGCUGCUGAAUAGCCACCACUAGUCAGCUACCUGCUCCCCCUGUCCCCCCCCUACCCCCUGGCUGCUCCCCAUUUGGACAUUUCCCGCCCCUCAACAGACCUCUACCCGCAACCUAAGAUUGAGCGAUAUCCUGCUCCGCCACUCCCCCAGGACUAAGCUUCACUCCAUGGGGGAUCAGGCUUUUUGCUCAACCCAGUGUUAAUUUUGGCACUCUUUUUUUAGAUUUAGUCUAGUCAUUCCUAGUCACAUUGUUGUCAUUUGAAUAAUGAUUUAGUCUACUUAUUUACAAAAUUAUAAACAGUGGGCCAUUUUAGUCAACUAAAUGCCCUUUCGCUUUAGUCACAUUUUAGUCUCAUCACAUUUGUAUGGUGUCAUUAACUUAUAGUAAACAUAAAUCACUGACUUCCAUGUGCACAAACAUAGCCUUGUCCUACCAACAUCCUUUCCAACAGCAGAAAUAUGAAACACACAUACACUACCAUUCAAAACACCUCAAUUUUUCCCAGUUUCUAUUAAAAUUCACACAGUUUAAUGUCUUAAUGUAAUCUGAAAUUAAAGCAUAGAACAAAUAAACAAUUGGAGACAAAAAAAAGAAAUCAUGGAAUCGUUUUGUUUAACCAAAUGUAAUCUACAUUUCUGACUCAUCAAAGUAGCCACCUUUUGCAGACGUAACAGCCGAACACACUCGUGGCAUUCUUUCUACAAUGGAAAUCAAAUAUUGUUUGGAAAGUUCUUCCCAACACAUUUACAUUUUAGUCAUUUAGCAGACGCUCUUAUCCAGAACGACUUACAGUUAGUGAGUGCAUACAUUUUCAUACUGGCCCCCCGUGGGAAACGAACCCACAACCCUGGCGUUGCAAGCGCCAUGCUCUACCAACUGAGCUACAGGGGAUUGCAGAAGUUCCCACAAAUGUGUUGCACUUGUAGGUUGCUUUGCUUUCACCCUUCUGCCAAGUUCAUCCCAAACCAGUUCAAUGGGGGUUAAGUCUGGAGACUGUGCUGGCCAUUCCAUGAUUUGAAGCCUACCGUCUUGUUCUUUUCUGACAGCCUGGAGGUGUGUUUUGGGUCAUUAUCUUGCUGUAGGAACCCCUGACCAAUUAGGCGUAUACCAGAUGGUAUUGCAUGGCGCUGCCAAAAUGUAGGUAGCCGUUUUGGUUGAGGGUGCCACUCACUCUGUGCAAGUCGCCGACUCUCGAUCCAGCAAAAGAGUCCCUGACCAUCACGCUUCCUCCUCCAUGUUUGACAGUUGGUGUCACACACUGAGGAACCAUCCUUUCUCCUACUCGACGGCGUACAAAAACCCUGCGUGAUGAACCGAAGAUUUCAUGGCCCAGGCAAGCCUCUUUUUCUUAUUUUGCCAUCUUAGCAAUGGCUUUCUUACUGCCACUCCACCUAUCAAACCUGCAGCUCCAAGUCUUCUCUUCACAAUUGAAACUGAGACUUGCUUACUUCGACCAGUGUUAAGCUGGGCUUGAAGCUGUUGUCUUGUGAGCCGCCUAUCACACAAGCUGUUGACUCUCAGAAACUUGUCUUCUGAUUCUGUUGUUGCUUUGGGUCUGCCAGACCUCUUCCUGUCAGUUUCCUCCAGUUUCCAAGUGCCUUUUGAUGGUGUAGGACACCUUGGCUUUCUUUGCAAUUUCUCUGAAGGAAAGACCUACACUUUUAAGGGUUAUAAUGGUCUGUCUGUCUUCCUUUGUUAAUUGCCUUUUUCUCGCCAUUAGGAUAGCAAUAUAUGACUUGCUGCAGUACAAUACUGUCCAAAUAAUGCUUAAGAGGGUGUAGUAACACAGUCUGUUCCAACACUGCUUUUAUACAGACAGAGGGUUUGUAAGUAAUCAACAACAGUUGGGACACCUGUAGGAAUUGUUAGCAUAAAUUUUCAAGGCUUAAUUUACUUCCAUUGCUGCAGAACAGCUGUAAGUUGUUAACCCAUUACUUGUUCCCUGAAAAAUGCCUUUUUUUAUAACUCUGAAAUGUACAUUAUUUUUCAGCUUUUGGUAACCUAAACAUUUUUUUUUUUUUACCUCUGGCAGCUUACCGCUUACUUUUGUACCAUUUCAGGUUAUUCACUGGAUUUUAACUGUUUAAAUUUCAAUAAAAACUGGAAAAAUGGGGGCGUUCUAAAACCUUUGACCGGUAGUGUAUAACAAACAAUUAUCUGGCCAUUAAAUUCCUAUUCAGCCUACAUAGAAAUUGCACAUUACAUACAAAACAAACAGACACACACAAGCACAGAGAGAGAGAGAGUAGCACAAUCACCAGAUGAUCCCACAAAGUAUUGGCAAAGUAGUAUGGGUUGCACUUCCAUCACUCGGUAGCGUCAUUGCCAUUGUUAUGAACGUUCCAAAAUGUUGCGUCCUGCUGAAGCUAGUUAAUGAGGUAACAUGACUGAACAAGGUGUAGUCUAAACAAAUGGCGAAUGGUCCGGUCCACAAGUAUCCUAGUUUUAGAACGGCCCACGAUAUGCUUUAUGAAUGUAAAAUGUGGCCCGCCAAUGCACUAUAGAAAAUAACCUAGUGCCGUUAUUAUGGGUCAUAUCUUUUGAACGGUAAUGGCUAGAAUCUAUACUCACAGGAGAAAAAAAACAUAGCUAGACUGUUGUUGUACUAUUAAACUUAAUGCUGCUAUUGUUUUUAAUUUUGUAAAGCAGCUUGUGUUUCUUAACCAGGCAAAGGGUAGCUAACUAGAAGGCUAGUGGUGACACGUUAGCUACGGGGAGAGUGCGAUGUGUGUAAUCGGAGGCAGAGCCGGAGUGGAGCCUAUCUGCACACACUCACCGCUUGCUCCCCCGCAGCUCACCAGCUGAUGUAGGCUAGGCUGUGUGCCGGGUGUGGCGCGUCCUUCCCACUGCUGAACAGAACUGCACAUCUGUGCUGGUAAUAUUAAUUGUGCUCGUCACUGAAAAGCUCUCAAGCUCUUGUCCAGUCCACUUAGUUGUCCGAUUUUAGUCACAGAGAUAAUUCCGUCUCGUUUUAGUCAACUGAAAUGCGGAAAUGUUUUUGUUUAGUGUUAGUUUUUUCUGGGUCUAUUUAGUCAGUUAUAGUCUCGUCAAUUGCCACUGAAAAAUAGGUGUUUGACGAGUAUUUUUGUCACUAUUGUUGUUGACGAAAUGAACACUGGCUCGACCGCCCCCCAUCUCUGGAAUGCACUCACGGACCACCUGAAGGCACCACAGACUCUGGGCUCCUUUUAAAACUGGCCUAAAAACCACUCUCUUUAGAAAGGCCUUCUGUUAGUUAUAGCUGUGUUCCUUGGUGUCUUUGUCCUUGUAGCGUCAGCUGUGUUCUUUGUGUCAGUUGCCCUGUCUAGUUGUGUCCUUAUUUUGUCUCUCUUGUUUUAUAAAUUUUUAUGCACUCCAUAUAGCACUUUGAGAUUGUUUUUCAAUGAAAGCGCAUUACAAAUUCAAUGUAUUAUUAUUAUUAUUAUUAUUAUUAUGAUGAUUUACAAAUUCACUUCAAUCAGUAAUUAGAAGUUAGGCUGUUACAGCACCCUGUGUAUCAUGGCUGAAGGUGAUGUAAUCAUCAUUAUGUUACAGUUCUGACCUGCGUCUGACCAGAACGUUUGUUGUGUUCCACAUAAUUGUUACUGUCAUGAGGACUGUAUGGUGAAUAGAGGGGGUUAACAACACUCUUUAUGUGGUCUGAAUGUGGUUACGGUCAUAUUAUGUGGUCAUGUUAUGACGUGUGUUUAUUCAAUGUUCAGAACACCAACUUCUGUCUGAUGGUGAUUGGGGUGCCCAACGUUGGAAAGUCAUCACUCAUCAACGCUCUGAGGAGAACCAACCUCAAGAAAGGUACAAUUUAACGUUACAAUGAGCUAUUGGGAUUAGGAGAAUUCCUUGUGGUUCGGAUAGUUUUGUCAUGUGCAUUUCAUUGAACCCUUGUUGAAGUAAUGAUGAUCCAUCUUGUUCUACCUUUAGGUCGGGGGUCAAAGGUAGGAGGGGAACCAGGCAUUACCAAAGCAGUGUUGACUAGAAUACAGGUGAGUGAUGGUUUCACCUGUCUGCGCUCCUCUCACUUGUCUGUUUUUGUGUAUAUUCAGUACUUACUCAAUAUGUGUGUGUGUGUGUGUGUGUGUGUGUGUGUGUGUGUGUGUGUGUGUGUGUGUGUGUGUGUGUGUGUGUGCGCGCGUGUGUUUGUGUGUUCCUCGCGUCAGGUGUGUGAGAGACCCAUCAUCCAUCUACUAGAUACGCCUGGUGUCCUUCCUCCAAAGAUACAGAGUCUGGAGACGGGCAUGAAGCUAGCCCUAUGUGGUGAGUCUAGAGACUAGAUCUGGUCAAUGAUGUAUAGCCUCUUUCCAUGACAUAGACUGACCAGGGGAAUCCAGGUGAAAGCAUGAUCCUUUAUUGAUGUCACUUGUUAAAUCCACUUCAAUCAGUGUAGAUGAAAGGGAAGAGGCGGGUUAAAGAGAUAAUUGAGACAUGGAUUGUGUAUGUGUGCCAUUCAGAGGGUGAAUGGGCAAGAUAAAAGAUGUUAGUGCCUUUGAACGGGGUAUGGGAGUAGUUGCCAGGCACACCAAUUUCAGUGUGUCAAGAACUGCAACGCUGCUGGGUUUUUCACGCUCAACAGUUUCCCGUGUGUAUCAAGAAUGGUCCACCACCCAAAGGACAUCUAGCCAACUUGACACAACUGUGGGAAGCAUUGGCGUCAACAUGGGCCAGCAUCCCUGUGGAACGCUUUUGACACCUUGUAGAGUCCACGUCCCAACAAAUUGAGGCUGUUCUGGGGGCAAAAGGGGGUGCAACUUAAUAUUAGGAAGGUGUUCCUAAUGUUUUGUACACUGCGUCUAUUACGUGUGACGUUCUGAACCCACCCUGUCUCUGUAUCACAUGGUAAUACAGUGCCACCUAGUGGAAUCUAAUAUAACAACCGCCACGCUCCUAUGGGCCUCUCACACUAUAUGGAUACAAUAUGAACCUUCCAAUGCUCUCAAUCAUAUGACAAUCAAAGCACUGUGUGUGAAUUAUAUGGCAGCCCUUUGACACAGUGACUCCACAUCAAGCCAUAUGAUUAUCAGCAGGACAUACAGUAUGGCCGUUGUAAUGAUGACUCCCUCUGCUGUUACUGUCAGGAACCAUCCUGGACCAUCUAGUAGGAGAAGACAUCAUGGCAGACUACCUACUGUUCUCUCUCAAUAGACUGGAGAAGUACAGGUGAGGGUUCACAGCUUUCCUGCCUCUAUAAUAUAACAUGACCAGUCCUCACUGGCCAUUUUUAUUUGGCACCAUUGUUUGCACCAAGCAUUGAUUCCAAUAUGGUAUAUUGCAGCGACAUUGAAUCCAUUGAGUUACUCAAAAGUGAUGUGAAUGUUGCUGUGUUUAGUAACGUUGAGAGUUGAGGGUUUCUCUGUGUCUAGUUACAUGAAGAGGUAUGACGUGUGUGUGUGUGUGUAGUUACGUGGAGCGGUAUGAUCUUGGGGAGCCUAGUGAUGACAUCCAGCAGGUGUUGAAACGUAUCGCUGUCAAACUGGGAAAGACUCAACGAGUUAAAGCCAUCACUGGAGUGGGUAAGAGUAAACCAUAUCAUACUAAAUACACUGCUCAAAAAAAUUAAGGGAACACUAAAAUAACACAUCCUAGAUCUGAAUGAAUGAAAUAAUCUUAUUAAAUACUUUUUUCUUUACAUAUUUGAAUGUGCUGACAACAAAAUCACACAAAAAUUAUCAAUGGAAAUCAAAUGUAUCAACCCAUGGAGGUCUGGAUUUGGAGUCACACUCAAAAUUAAAGUGGAAAACCACACUACAGGCUGAUCCAACUUUGAUGUAAUGUCCUUAAAACAAGUCAAAAUGAAGCUCAGUAGUGUGUGUGGCCUCCACAUGCCUGUAUGAUCUCUCUACAACGCCUGGGCAUGCUCCUGAUGAGGUGGCGGAUGGUCUCCUGAGGGAUCUCCUCCCAGACCUGGACUAAAGCAUCCGCCAACUCCUGGACAGUCUGGUGCAACGUGGCGUUGGUGGAUGGAGCGAGACAUGAUGUCCCAGAUGUGCUCAAUUGGAUUCAGGUCUGGGGAACGGGCGGGCCAGUCCAUAGCAUCAAUGCCUUCCUCUUGCAGGAACUGCUGACACACUCCAGCCACAUGAGGUCUAGCAUUGUCUUGCAUUAGGAGGAACCCAGGGCCAACCGCACCAGCAUAAGGUCUCACAAGGGGUCUGAGGAUCUCAUCUCGGUACCUAAUGGCAGUCAGGCUACCUCGGGCGAGCACAUGGAGGGCUGUGCGGCCCCCCAAAAAAUGCCACCCCACACCAUGACUGACCCACCGCCAAACCGGUCAUGCUGGAGGAUGUUGCAGGCAGCAGAACGUUCUCCACGGCGUCUCCAGACACGUCUGUCACAUGUGCUCAGUGUGAACCUGCUUUCAUCUGUGAAGAGCACAGGGCGCCAGUGGCGAAUUUGCCAAUCUUGGUGUUCUCUGGCAAAUGCCAAACGUCCCCCACCUGUGGACGUCGGGCCCUCAUACCACCCUCAUGGAGUCUGUUUCUGACCGUUUGAGUAGACACAUGCACAUUUGUGGCCUGCUGGAGGUCAUUUUGCAGGGCUCUGGCAGUGCUCCUCCUGCUCCUCCUUGCACAAAGGCGGAGGUGGCGGUCCUGCUGCUGGGUUGUUGCCCUCCUACGGCCUCCUCCACGUCUCCUGAUGUACUGGCCUGUCUCCUGGUAGCACCUCCAUGCUCUGGACACUACGCUGACAGACACAGCAAACCUUCUUGUCACAGCUUCAUUGAUGUGCCAUCCUGGAUGAGCUGCACUACCUGAGCCACUUGUGUGGGUUGUAGACUCCGUCUCAUGCUACCACUAGAGUGAAAGCACCGCCAGCAUUCAAAAGUGACCAAAGCAUCAGCCAGGAAGCAUAGGAACUGAGAAGUGGUCUGUGGUCACCACCUGCAGAACCACUCCUUUAUUGGGGGUGUCUUGCUAAUUGCCUAUAAUUUCCACCUGUUGUCUAUUCCAUUUGCACAACAGCAUGUGAAAUGUAUUGUCAAUCAGUGUUGCUUCCUAAGUGGACCGUUUGAUUUCACAGAAGUGUGAUUGACUUGGAGUUACAUUGUGUUGUUUAAGUGUUCCCUUAAUUUUUUUGAGCAGUGUAUAUAGUAAAACUGUAUUUACUAUGUAAAUAGUAUUUACAUAUUAAUUUACAUAGUAAUUGCAGAGUAAUAGUACAGUUCUUACUACUAUUACAGGGUCAGGUUUUAGCAUCGAGAAAUUUAUACUUGCCUUAUUAAAGGCGCUUGUUAGCUAAUGGUGUGUGUACCUAAUCUCUGUGUUCCCUAGGUAACAUCACCCUCACAGUACCUAACUACACAGCAGCAGCCUAUGAUUUCAUCAGAUCUUUCAGGAAGGGAGAGCUGGGACGGGUCAUGCUGGACUGACCACAAGCUCUACCACACCACAGACUGACCACAACUACAACACAGACUGACCACUACCAACAACACAGAUGAUUGGUCUGGCAGGCACACCCUACUCAGACUCAGGAGUCUGGUCUCUCACCAUAGAGCUCUACCUGACAGAGACCUUGUUGGAAACUCAAGAGUGCAGGUAUCCUCUCUACAGUAGACUGGUUUCUUGUCUCUGCUUUCUAGUCUCUGCUCUCUAGUCUCAACCAACACAGAGCAGCUGAUCAGUAAGAAUGCCGACACUGUUGUUUGUACAUAAUGUGUUUAUGUAUCUGUUACAGUGUAAAUGCACACAAUCAUAAUAAAAUGUAUUUUAUGUACAGUAUCUUGAUUGCACGACUCUUUUGAAUGGGAUUGUACAGUAUCGGGCGAGGGG